CUCAUCUUUAGUCUAGCAACAAACAAGACAGAUCUAGAUCUAGAUCUAGAUCAAGAUCUAGAUCUAGAUCUAGCUGAUAUAUUAUAAGAAGGGAUAAAUACUAACAUAGUAAUGGUAGACUUUAUUAAGACGACUGUUAAGCAUCUUUAACCACCUGUAAAAACAAAAUGAAGUAAAAAAAAAUUGGAAAGGAGCUCACUUAUUAUAAGACCUAUUAAAAUAUUUGAAAAAUUGAAAGCAACUUGAAUUUUUCCCUUAAUUUAGCCAGAAAAUUUCAUUUAUAAGAAGCAGUGCAACAUGGGAGAGGAAACUAGUGAUUUAGAUUUACAGUCUGAUGAAUUACCAGAAUUUUUAAAUUCUGAAGAUGUUAAGCCACUUCUAUCUACAGUAUUUUCAUCUUCUUCUAACAUAAAAACAGAAGUAUCAUCAUUUUUUACUUUCCGUGAUACGAAACCAAACUUGACAUUUUUAACUUCAGAGGAUGUUAAAACCAAUGUUAUGCAAGAAUUUUCAUCUUCUAAAGACGCAAAGUCAGAAUGUACACCAUUUUCAUCUUUUGAUGCUGUAAAACACAAUAUGACAUUUCUAACUUCUCAAGAUGUAAAAGCAGGAUUUUUAAUUCAUGAACAUACAAAACCUGCUUUAUCAGCAGUGUGUACAAGAUCUGAAGAUGUAAAACCAGAAUUAACAACUUUAUCAACUAGUGAAGAUUUAAAACCAGAAUUACAAACUUUAUCAACUAGUGAAGAUAAAAAACCAGAAUUACAAGCUUUAUCAACCAACAAUGAUAUAAAACCAGAUUUAUGGACGAAAUUUUUAGAUUCCGAGGACAAACAAUAAAAUGGAUUUGAAGAAAAGCUUAAACUCUCUGAAGAUGAAACAUAUCUCUCGGUUGAUCCUCAUGUUCAUCAUGAACAGUUUUUUCAA